UUUAAACGUGAAUGCAGCCAGUUUUCAGCGGCGUGGUUGGGUAUUUACGUCAUAACCACGCGACAAUGUUGCGGUGGCGGCGGACCCAAACACUUUAUGUUCCUGGAUUAUGUUCGGUAUUAAAUAUAUUAAAAAAUAAAUAAAUAAACUAUAAAUAAAUAAACAAACUAUUGCUGUGAGGCGUGGUAGCAUGGAGUCUAGCGGCACUCUGCAGGGACUGGUAGCCACCGCCGCCUCCGUUCACUCCCAGCGAGUAGCGGUGACCUUUGACGGCGGGUCGUCGACGGACGGCCCGGUGUCACUCCUCUACCAGGACCUGCUCGAACUUUCCAGCGAACUCUGCCGCAAUCUGCAGCAGCACUGCGGGCACAAUAACGGCGUAAUAGGACUGUACUGUAGCGACGAUCUGUUCAUACCGGUGUGGAUCAUCGGGAUCCUGCAGACACCAGCUGCAUACGUGCCGCUGGAUCCAGGUGCUCCAGGACUUGUCUCGUUCCGGGUCAUGAGCAAGUGCGGCCUCAAGUUCUGUACUGUGAAGAGCGACCUCCUGCAGAGAUUCCAGGCAGCUCUCACCCAGCACAUGAGCGUGGAGGUAUGCGCGGUGUUGCCCAAGUUCAAACUCACUCUGGUUCGGGUCGAGCCGCUGACGCACGGCGAGCGGAAAACGGAACCGGCGCGAUCCCUCCGCCACGGAGGAGGAAGUUUGGCGUACGUGCUGCACACAUCGGGAACGACAGGCCUGCCCAAGAUUGUGCGGGUGCCGCACCAGUGCAUACUUCCAAACAUCUUGCACCUUAGGUGUUUGUUUGAGGUGAGUUCCGGCGACGUGGUCUUCCUGGCGUCGCCGCUGACCUUCGACCCCUCGGUGGUGGACAUUUUCCUGGCGUUGUCGUCCGGGGCUCAGCUGCUGGUCGUUCCCGCCGUGCUCAAGAAAAUUCCCAAGCGGCUGAGCGAGCUGCUCUUCCGGCGUCACGCGACGACCAUCAUGCAGGUCACACCCACGCUGCUGUCUCGCUUCGGCCCGCGUCUCCUCCGCCGGGAUCUGCUGUCGCGCGGCUCGCCGUUGCGCGUGCUGGCCCUUGGCGGCGAGGCGUGCCCGUCGGCCUCGGCGCUGAACGCCUGGCGCCACGAGGACAACGCCACGGCGGUGUUCAACGUUUACGGCGUUACCGAGGUGUCCUGCUGGGCCACCUGCUACGAGAUCCCGCCCUCGCUCCUCCGGCGGCCCGACGGCUCGACCUCCUCCGCCGUGCCUCUGGGGAGCCCUCUGAUGGGCACCAGGGUGGAGGUGAGGGACCAAGAUGGUGGCGUGGUGACAGAAGGCGAAGGACAGGUGUUCAUAGGCGGCGACGAGAGGGUGUGCCUCCUGGACCACGAGGAGGCGCCGAUGCCCGGGACGAUGAGGGCCACGGGAGACUGGGUGGAUGUGAAAGGUGGGCAGAUGUACUACCGCGGCAGAAAAGACAGAAGCAUCAAGCGCCACGGCAAACGCGUCAACCUCGACGACCUGCAGCAACUGCUCUCGAGUCUGCCCGAGGUGGAGUCCUGCGCCGCGUGCCUGCACGAAGGCUCCCGACUGCUCGCUUUCGCCGUGACCGCCGCACCCGCGGGCUCCGAAGACGCCGGGCCGCCAUCUUCUUCCUCCGACCCGAGCGGGCAUCUCCUGAAGCGGCUGACUCCGCUGCUGCCCUCCUACGCCGUUCCUGACACGCUGGUGCUCGUCCCCGCCUUACCUCUGACUCCUCAUGGCAAAGUGGACAUGCUGGCUUUGGUGAAAAUAUACCAGAGGCAACGUUUGGACGCCAACCGGUCACAUAAAGAUGUCACCGGACUCAAGAAAAUGCUACAAAAUUUAUGGCAGGACGCGCUCGGUCUGGACGAGAACGUAACUUUGGAUGAGGGUUCCCGUUUCCUGUUCGGCGGCGGAGACUCGCUGAAGGCGCUUCGGCUCUGCGAGGACGUCCAGGCCACCACCGGAGUCGGUUCGCCUCGGCUCUUGGAGGCGAUCCUCGACGGGACCUUCGCCGACGUCCUGCGCCUCCUCGUCGCGCCGGGGAAAAGAGAGCGCGUGGCGGCGGAAGCGCCUCCGGGGGACGCCGAAGAGAGGCGGCCUUUCAAAGUCUUAAAACCGGAGGGUGAGGUGACAGAGGUGACGAGCGAAGAUGGGAGAAUCGCGGCGGCCCUCGAGGAGCGCUGGUCCUCGGACACGGGCAGAUGCGUGGACGCCUCCCCGGCGCUUCUGGUGCGGGAAGGCGAAGACGGCGUCCGAGCCGGCGUGUUCGUCGGCUCGCACUCGCACAGGAUGCAGGCUCUGGACCUGGACAGCGGACGCCUGCUGUGGGAGCGAGUCCUCGGGGGCCGCGUCGAGGCCUCGGCCGCCGUGUCGCCGUGCGGACGCUACGUGGUUGUGGGUUGCUACGACGGCGGCGUGUACGUGCUGAGCGCCGACUCCGGGGAAACGCGCUGGGUCUUUGAGACAGGCGAUGCCGUGAAGAGCCGCCCCGCAGUGGACCCCAUCAAGGGGCGCAUGAUGGUGGGCUCGCAUGACGGUUUUGUGUAUGCCCUGGACCUCCAGGCCCGGCGGUGCGUUUGGAGGCGCCACUGCGGGGGCGGGGCCGUCUUCUCUUCACCCUACCUGGACGGCGCCCGCCGCCAGCUGUACGUGGCCACGCUGGGUGGCGAGCUGCUGUGUCUCCACCCAGUGAGUGUCAAAGCUAACGAGUUCAGUCAAAUCAAAACAAAAAAAGUGACGGUUUGUGUUGUAUUGCGGCGUCAGGACAGCGGCGACGUCCUGUGGUCGCACAGCAGGGACGUCCCCUUCUUCUCCUCGCCAAAGUGCGGCGGCGGCGGCGUGGCCAUCGGCUCGGUAGACGGAAACAUCCUCUGCUUCAGCCAUGACGGCACACUGCUUUGGGAGUUCCGGACGGAGGGCGCCGUCUUCUCGUCGCCGUGCGUGACCUCCGACCUCCAGAGGCUCCUGUGCGGCUCCCACGACGGCCGACUGUACUGCUUGAACGCCGCCGACGGCUCCUCGCUGUGGACGUUCCCGACGGCGGGCAAAGUGUUCGCCAGCCCGUGCGUCUUCGACGGCGGGACGCGAGGGGAGCUGGUGGCCGUGGCUUCCACCGAUGGCACCGUCUACAUCCUGGACGCUCGGGACGGACGGGCGCUCUGCUCGCGGACGCUUCCCGGAGAACUUUUCUCCUCCCCGGUGGUGUGCGGACGCUCCUUGGUGGUCGGGUGUCGGAAUGAUUAUGUGUAUUGUUUACAAAUGGACAUUUAGCUAUAAUUUAUGCAUGGUUUUUUUUUAAAUAA